AGCCGUUCUAGUCGUUCGCCCUCCCCCCUCAAGUCCGUACUCAGACUGAUGAACGCCUCGUAGUCGUCGUUUAUAAGCUGCACCAGCUCCUCUUUGAGAGUCGCAAGAUAGUCCCGCAGUUCCGAGCGCAGGUCGCGAAGAGAGGUAUGUGAUCUGGAGAGUAGAAAUGCCUCGACAUCGAACACGUCGGACGUUAGAUGCGGGUUUGUAUGUGAUAGCGGGAUGUAUAUGGGCAGUUCAUGGUCCGUCGCAUCUUUAUCGAGCUCCCGAGUGACAAGCUCCUCUGCGAGACGGUCGAGCUCGAAUGGAUCUGUGGAUGAACUGGCCAAAGUCAUCGGUGCUGGGUGCUAACGUCACAUUCUAAGUGGAUGUCACAUCACAGCGGUAGCUCGCAGAUUAGAUAAGAUUGCGCUCUUUGUCAUCCGACUUUCGGCCGAAGUGGCACGGCCCAGUCUGAGUCGGACUCGGAGUUGGCAGUACUCUUUUCUUCUCAUUUGUCAUGGCGUUCUCCGGGGCCCUGACACUCAGCGAUCUGAACGACUUCAUCACGCCGUCCCAAGCCUGUGUUAAACCCGUCGAGCAAACGAAUGCCCCAGCGGAAAAGCAUGCGGGAGCUGCCUCGACUGAAAUACAAGUGGACUCGGCCGGAGCGUAUUAUGAGGUCUCCGCCGCUGGGCCAUUGGCUUCCAGCUCCAGAAAGCUGGAACAGGCCCAGAUCAACCUGAAUGACUGCCUGGCUUGUAGUGGAUGCAUAACUUCAGCCGAAUCGGUUCUCAUAACUCUGCAAUCCCACAUCGAAGUUCUGAACUUCCUGAAAACCAAUGCCACGGCCGGCGUCUCGAAACAAAUCCCCGUCAUCUCUAUCGCGCCACAAAGUCUGUCCUCCAUUGCUGCUUCGGUCACGACCAGAUCUGGAGUGGCCACGUCCCCACGGCAAAUUCUCCGAAGGAUACGACACUUCUGCGAAACAGAUCUGGGAGUCGAGCAUGUGUUCGAUACGACUUUUGCGAGACAUGUUGCUCUUCGGGAACACUUGGCAGAGUUUGAAGAACGGUGCAAGUUGGAGGGGGGGAAGCUCCCUAUGCUGGCAAGUGCUUGUCCAGGAUGGAUUUGCUACGCGGAGAAGACACAUCCGGAAAUGCUUCCUUUCAUCGCGCAGACCAAGAGCCCCCAGCAAAUUAUGGGUACAUUGGUCAAGAACUGGAUGGGUCAAAAGUGGGGUCGUUUACCGAACGAAAUCUACCAUGUGACUGUGAUGCCUUGUUACGACAAAAAGCUGGAGGCCUCGAGGACGGAUUUUUACAAUUCCGUCUAUUCAACACGCGACGUCGACUGUGUGAUAACCACCGGAGAGCUGGAGCUCAUCUUGAUCGAAAAGGGCUACGACAUCACCAUCCCCAUACCCGGCGAAUCUGAUGUACCGCCCAUCUCAAACUGGUCGACCAAGCCCACAGCAGUGGAGUCUUCAACGCUGCCCGAACUCCUGGUGCACGAGGGAUCGUCCUCAGGAUCAUAUCUGCACUCCAUCAUAUCACAUCUCCAAACCACCAGUCCCACCCCACUCGUUCUGUCCGUGAAAACGAUGCGGAAUGCUGAUCACGAGGAGUACAUUCUACGCCGAGAGAACGAUCAGGCCGAAGUCUUCAAGGGCGCCAAGUGCUACGGCUUCCGGAAUCUACAGAAUGUCGUGCGCAAGGUGGGAAAAGACCUGGGAAUCCGCACUGGCACGGGGGCAGCCGGCCGCCUGGCUGGGCGUGCCGUGGCCCGGCGUUCAAACAAACCCGGCUCGGACAAGCCUGACCGAGGCUACGACUAUGUUGAAGUCAUGGCUUGUCCCGGCGGAUGUGUCAACGGGGGCGGCCAACUCAAGCCACUGACCGCCGCUCUCGAUGAGGAAGGCCUGACCAGGGACUGGGAGGAGACUGGGGUCAUGAAAACUCCGAAAUGGGGCAAUCGCGAGUGGACCGCCAAAGUAGAGAGCAUAUACUGGUUGGUUGGUCAUCUCGAUUAUCGACCAAAUCGAUUGCUGGACUGGAUACUUGAUGAUCUAUGCGCCACAAAUGGCACUUUGGAUGACCCCGAGCGUGACGUUCGUCGCAGAAGCUUGUUUCGGACGAGUUAUCGGGCGGUGGAGAGCGAUAUUGUAGGAUUAGCUGUCAAGUGGUAG